AGUAAUCUACCACCCCACAGCACAACAGAAAACGAUUCAGAGACUAUCAUUUCUUUCUUCUUCCUCUUCACCUUCGAUCUCCGAACAAAUGGCGAUAUGCAACGUGGUAGCCAUGCCUUACCCAGGUAGGGGCCACAUCAACCCCAUGAUGAACCUCUGCAAGUUGCUCUCUUCCCGGCGUAACGACAACAUACUCGUUACGUUCGUCGUCACGGAGGAGUGGCUCGGCCUAAUCGGCUCCGAGACCAAGCCGGAUUGCAUCCGCUUCGUCACCAUCCCCAACGUCCUGCCGUCGGAGCUGGUCCGAGCCGACGACAUGGACAGCUUCUUCGAAGCCGUCCUGACUAAAAUCGAGGAGCCGUUCGAGGGGGUACUCGACCGGCUAGAGGAGCCAGCGGAUGUUAUUGUGGCUGAUACUUUCUUGCCUUGGGCCGUUGGUGUCGGGAGGAGAAGGAAUAUUCCGGUGGCUUCGUUCUGGGUAAUGCCGGUGACUGCGUUUUCGAUGUUUUACCAUUUUGAUCUUAUCGCUCAAAACCCGCACUUCCCUGCUGAGUUUCCCGAAAGAGCAGAAGUGACGGUGGACAACAUCCCAGGCCUAUCUCCAUUCCGUUUAUCCGACCUUCCCAGCAUCUUUCACUUUUUGAACCAAAAAAUAUUGCAAAGACUCUUUGAUAUGAUCUCCAACGUAUCCCAAGCACAAUAUCUCUUGUUCAACUCCAUUUUCGAGCUCGAGCCUUCGGUCAUCGACGCUUUGCAAGCCACAUUCCCAUUCCCCGUCUACUCUCUUGGCCCCGUCAUACCUUACUUCAAUUUGCAGUACCAUAAUUCCUCUCGCCCCACCACCCCAAACGAGGUCGACUACCUCGAAUGGCUAGACUCUCAGCCUCAGAGUUCUGUUCUGUACUUUUCGCUGGGAAGUUUCCUUUCCGUAUCAAGUGCCCAAAUGGAUGAAAUCGCAGCCGGCCUGCACAGCAGCGGGGUGAAGUACUUGUUGGUGGCGCGUGACAAGGCGUCGAGCGUGAAAGAGUCCAUUUGCGGUGGUUUGGGAAUGGUGGUACCUUGGUGUGACCAAUUGAAGGUGCUAUGCCAUCCGUCGGUUGGAGGAUUUUUUACUCACUGCGGGUGGAAUUCGACUUUGGAAAGUAUUUUCGCGGGGUUACCAUUGCUUGCUUUUCCUAUUGCAAUGGAUCAAGUCCCAAUAAGUAAAUUGGUUGCGGAAGAUUGGAAGAUUGGGUGGAAGGCAAAGGGCGCGAAUGGUGAUUUGGUGAGGAGAGAGGAAAUCGCUGAGCUUGUGCGAAAGUUUAUGGAUACAGAAAAUGUUGGGAGGAAAGAACUGGUGGAAAGAGCAAGAGAAAUCCGUGAGACGUGUCGACGAGCUAUUGGAAAAGGAGGAUCAUCUGAGAGGAACUUCGAAGCUUUCAUGAAAGAUAUCUCCAAAUGAAUUGACAAUGUACUAGUAACAAUUAUUUUGUCGAAGAACAGGACUUAAUUAGGUUUAUGUCAUGGACAGUAGCUCCCCGUUUUGCUAAGGAAAUUAAUUACUUAUUUUUACAUAUUUUUUGAAAUAAAUGUAAUAUAUUGUGAAAGAAUAAACCUGUCUCAUAAAGCGAAAAAUAAGUACUUAAAAAAUAAAAAA